GGAAAUUCUUACAACGAUGUGAUUUGACCCCUGAACCCAAAACUUUUAAAUUUGCUUUGUUGCAUUUUUUUCCUAAUUUGACACAACAAAAAUUAACAAAAAGUCACCCUGCUGAGUAACGUUAUGAUUUUAGCUAUCAAAACAAAAACAAACUAACAAAAAAAUUCCUUUGUAAUUUCCACAACCUACAACUUCUGAAUGAAGUUUCAUUCUUUUGGUGACUCAAAUCCUCGACGUGUAUAGAGCGUGUCUUGUGGGUUGUCGGUCUGAAUACAAACUAGUGAAACUGAUACUGAUCACUUUUAAAGGGCCCGAGAACACCUUGGGGCCUUGGAGGGAAGACCUAACCACAUAACUCUGAUCCUAUCAUGAACUUUUGACUGAAGCACAUUUUAUUCCAUGAAAACAUUUAAAAGAGGCAAAGGAUUUAAAUGAUACGUUGUCAUAAAAGAGCAGCCCGCUCUGCCAAAUAUUCAGACAUAUUUGCGGCACCGUUGUGCUCCCCGCUCUGUACUUGUGGUGGAUAGACGUGGCCCUACUCUACCGGAGAGGGGGGGGCCAGGCUUCCACGGGCUGGUAGCGAGAGGAAAAGUAAAGGGAAAAGAAAGCGGAAGGAUCGAAAGAAGUCCUUUCCCAGCGUUCGCACAUAUGUAGCAAGAGCAGGCACAGAAGACAAAGUCAGGAUGUGACAUCAUCUGCAGGAAGGGAAGCCAAAAGAGUAGUUCAGCUUUUUUCUUGACUUGUGCGUUGUUGUGGAGCCAAGUUGAACGUCUGUUUGAGGCAGGGAGAGAGAGAGAGCGCAAGAGAGGGAGGAGAAAGGGGUAAAGCAGCUGGAGCUGUCCUCCAAAAUACACUCCGGCCUCUCCCAAAGCUUUCGGCAACAUUGUGGAGCUUCCAUUGUAGCACAGCAAGCAGUGAACCCCCGAGGAUCUGGAGCCAGUCUUGAUCAGGUUCUUGUGACCCCAUCCGGGCCACCCCGCCAACUUGAAGGCAAUUAAACGUCUACUCCAGAGAGUACAAACUGCUCAUCUGUGGGGAGGAACUGCUAAGGACAUGGCUUUGUGUUUGGGUCAGGUGUUCAGCAAAGACAAAACGUUCCGACCUAGGAAACGCUUUGAACCCGGCACCCAGCGGUUUGAACUGUACAAAAAGGCCCAGGCCUCGCUCAAGUCCGGCCUUGACCUGAGGAAGGUGGUGCAGCUGCCCGAGGGCGAGAGCCUCAAUGACUGGGUCGCAAUGCACGUGGUGGAUUUCUUCAACAGAAUCAACCUGAUCUACGGAACGGUCAGCGAGUACUGCACCGAACGUAGCUGUCCCAUCAUGUCCGGGGGGCUCAGGUACGAGUACAGGUGGCAGGACGGCGACGACUACAGGAAGCCCACCAAGCUGCCUGCUCUCAAGUACAUGAACCUGAUGAUGGACUGGAUCGAGUCGCUGAUCAACGAUGAAGAUAUCUUCCCCACCAGAGUAGGUGUUCCUUUCCCCAAGAAUUUCCAGCAGGUGUGCAAGAAGAUCCUGAGUCGGCUCUUCAGAGUGUUUGUGCAUGUUUACAUCCAUCACUUUGACAGUGUAUGCAGCAUGGGUGCAGAGGCCCACAUCAAUACCUGCUACAAGCACUACUACUACUUCAUUUCGGAGUUCAACCUCAUCGAUCACUCUGAACUUGAGCCCCUGAAAGAGAUGACUGAGAAGAUUUGUAAUUGAACUACAAAGAUGAAGACUAAUGCUCGCCUUCAAUGAACUUUAAACUAAGAACAUGUUACAAUGUGAGCGGUGUGAGUGUCACUGUGAAUUUUUACAAGCCAGCCACAAUUUUUUCAGGUGGUGUCAAGAUGUGGAUUACUUAUGGGAACAAUAAUGUGCAUGUAUUUAUGCUUGGCCUUUUUUUAAGCUAUUUUAAGCUUUUUUUGACGUUUAUUUAAGCUUGUUAAUAUUUUUUUGCUGUCUUUCCUCCUGUGCAUGUAUUUAUGCUUGUCCUUUUAUAAGUUGAGCUUUUUUAACUUUUAUUGAGUAAAUAAUUGUAUUUUAGAAGUUUUUACUCACUCUGAAGAAGGGUCAAACUCAAAGGGAAAGAAUAAAUCAAAAUGAAUGGA